AGAAUCCGGGACGAAGCGCACUGUUGCAUCUGAAGGUCGGAGCAGCAGGAAAAGGAAGCCGACAGGAGCUGCCAGAGACCCGGAGCGGCUUCAGCACAAACAGGAGAACGUGAGGAGGUCUACGGGGAGAAGCAUGGCUGCUAAAUCUGUGCUGUGUCUCUGCCUUAUCGGCAUCAUCUCAGGGAUCGUCAGUCCAGCUUCUGCCUUUGGCCAGUGGGAGCAGCAGUCCCUGCUGAAUCUGUGUGAAAAGGGAUAUUUCCUCAGCGAACAAGACGUGUGCUUACCGUGCAACUGUAAAGGCCACGCGGACUACUGUGAGGACAUCACUGGCAUUUGUAUCGACUGCAGGGACCACAGCACGGGCGAUUUCUGCGAGAUGUGUGAAGACAACUACAUGGCAGCUGUUGGCCCGGACGGAUUGCACACCUGCCGACCCUGCGCCUGCCCCCUCGCCAUCCCAUCCAAUAAUUUUGCAGUUAUGUGUGACAGAGGAGGGGCCAUUCUGCGCUGCAAGUGCCAGGAGGGCUACGCUGGACAUUCCUGUGAGAGGUGUGCUCCUGGUUACUAUGGCAACCCAAUGGCAAUCGGCAACUCCUGCAAGAGAUGUGACUGCAAUGGCAACUCCGACCCCAAUCUGAUCUUCAGCGAGUGCCACAACGUGACCGGCCAGUGCCUGCACUGCUGGGACAACACCGCUGGUGCCAAUUGUGAGAGGUGUGCACCUGGUUUCUAUGGCGACGCCAUCAGUGCCAAGGACUGCAGAGAGUGUGAGUGUGAUCAAUGCGGCACCUCUUCAUGUGACGACAGAACAGGAGUGUGUCACUGCAAACCGGGCGUCACCGGGCGACUCUGUGACCAGUGUGAGGAGGGAUACUCUGGUUUCUCCAGCUGUCAGGGAUGCCGGCGUUGUGAAUGUGGGCCGGCUUCGGUGCGCCCCACCUGUCACCCACUCACCCAAAGCUGUCUGUGCCGCCCGGGGGCCGGAGGUCGUUACUGCGAGCGCUGCCUCCAAGGCCACUGGGACUACAGCCCAUCCGGCUGUCAGAAGUGUGACUGUGAGAGUGGACACUGUGACACACACACCGGCGACUGUCUGUUAGAGGCCGCAACCGUCAGCCGGUGCAACAUGAGUUGUGAUGAAUGCAUUUGGCAUCUGACUGGAGACAUGCGUCUGUCCAAUAAGACACUGGACCAGCUGAGAGUCAGUGUGUUAAAUAUCUCCACCGGCGCCGCUGCUAACGACCGUCUCAAAUACUACAACUACACGGCUCAUGGCCUGCAGACUCAGUUUUUAGGUUGGAGGAACAGGUCCUCUGUGAUGAAGGUCCAGGUGGCGGAGCUGGAAGCGACCACACUCGAUGUCAUGUUGGACAUCAAUCAGCAGGAGGAAUCGGAGAGCUUGGUGAAGACUUUGGGUGACAGGCUGGAUGAAGACACGCUUCAGACCUUCAGCUUGGCCCAACAGCUCAGCACAAACCUCACUGAUCUCAACCUGCAGAUUGAAGAGAUGAUCCAAGACUGGGAGCUGUACAGUGUUCAGCCGAAUGUGGACCCUGAGGUGGUCAAAAAGAGCACGGAGGCGGCCCAGAGUAUGGUGGCCUGGAUGAGGAAACUGGACCUGUCACCACGAGAACCCAUCGCCACCGACGAGUCGACUGAAGCUCAUGACUUGCUGCGGCAUGUUCGUCAGAUGGAGAAGAAGCUGAUGAGCACAGACGGCCGUCUCUCAUCUAUCAGGGAGGUCCUGUCACGUUUCAAUGCCAAACUGUCAGAGGCCCAGGAGCUUCUCCAGACGGCAGCCAGCACCAUCCAGCAGGCAGAGGACAGGAACAUGGCCAACGUCCUCAAAUUCCAGAGGAAUGAGGUGAAGCAACAGAAGCUGGUGGACGACCACGCUGCUGUCAACGACACACUGGACUCAGCCGCCGACCUCAUCUCUGAAACAAACAUCACGCUGUCCGAGGUGGACGCUAUGGUGCAGAACGUGACCAUGUAUCACGCAGCAAUCGAUGGCGCUAGUGACAAGCUGACGGAGAAGACAGACCGCCUCGCCAUGGCAGAUAGAGACCUGGUGCAGAGGGCGAUCGAGCAUGCCGAAGAGCUGGAGAGAGAGGCCAACGAGCUGGAGGAAGACCUGAGGCAGAGUGAUGCAAACGGCUUCGUGCAGCGCGCCAUAAGCGCCGCCAAUGUCUACAACAACAUUGUGAAGUAUAUCGACGACGCCAACAUCACCUCACUCACCACGCUGAACCAGUCCCAAAGAGCCGAAGACGCCAUUUCUGCGAUCAACACACAGCUGGGACUCCUCGUAACGCAGAGCGACAGCGUCUUGAAGGAAUCUGUUUCAUUGCAAUCAGAACAAAUCGAUGUUGAAGCUGAGGUCGCCGAUAAACUGAAGUACAUUGAAGAGACCAAAGAGACGAUGGACCAAAAUGCCAGGAUGCUUGCAGAAAUCGUGCAGGACAUCGACAGCAUUCAGAUCAACAGAACAUCUAAGCGUCUGGACUUUACCCAGGAGAUUGCUUACCAGACCGUGAACAGGUCUGUGGAGGUUCUCCAGAACAUCACCCCCAUCAGCAGCAAGGUGGAGGAAUGGGCGAGCAACAUGAGAAACAACGAGUACUCCACAACCGCCUAUGAAGAGGCCGUCGUCUCUGCCGGCGAAGCAGUGGACAACCUGAAUGUUCUUGUCCCUGAACUACUGGACAAACUGAAGGUGGUUGAGGAGAAAAAACCGACCACUAACGUGACCACCAACAUCAUGAGGAUCAGGGAGCUCAUAGCUCAGGCCAGGAGCGUGGCCAAGAAAAUCCAAGUGUCCAUGAAGUUCAACGGCCAGUCGUCAGUAGAGGUUCAUCCUCACACCAAUCUGGAAGAACUGAAGGCAAUGACGUCCAUCAGCUUGUUUCUUAGAGUGGACCCUGACAAGGACCCGAUAGAGGAUCGAUUCAUCUUCUACCUGGGAGACAGAAAUGGUAAGAAAGACUACAUGGGGCUUGCCAUCAAGAACGACAACCUGGUGUCCAUCUACAACCUCGGGGGAGAAGAUGUCGAAAUCCCGCUGGGUUCAAAGCCUGUCAGCCAAUGGCCCGCACUCUUCAACUACAUUAAAGUAGAAAGGCUGGGCAGACAUGGCAAACUCUUCCUCACCAUACCGAGCCAGACGUACACAGACGAGCAGAAGUUCAUCCAGAAAGGCGAGGCCUUGGGUACCGACUCGCUGUUCGACAUUGACCCCAAAGAUGUCGUGUUCGUUGUGGGUGGUGUUCCUGAGGGCGUCCGGUUGCCCCCUCCGCUGAGUCUCGCCCCGUUUGUGGGCUGCAUCGAGUUGGCAUCGUUGAACAACGAGGUGAUCAGUUUGUACAACUUUAAAGAGACCCACAGAAUGGACGUGGUCGAAUCGCCGCCGUGUCCCAGGUACAAGUUGGCGUUCUCUCAGAGUCGUAUUGCCAGCUACCUGUUCGACGGCACCGGUUACGCUCUCAUUAACAACAUCGAGAGGCGGGGCAAAUUUGGAGUCGUUACCAGAUUUGAUAUUUCAGUGCGAACAGUCGCAACCAAUGGCGUCCUCUUCGUCAUGGCCAAUGGAGAUAACUACUUCCUGUUGGAGCUGAAGAAUGGUUUCCUGCGCCUCAUGUAUGACUUUGGCUUCAGCACCGGGCCAAACCUUUUUGAGAGUAAUCUACCAAAGCUGCAAAUAAAUGACGCGCGAUACCACGAGGUGUCGGUCAUCUACCACCACUCAAAGAAGGUUAUUCUGCUGGUGGACAAAAGCCACAUUAAAUCUAUGGAGAAUCCAAAAACCACGCUGCCCUUCUCAGAUAUCUAUAUAGGGGGCGCUCCAUCACACAUCCUAAAAUCGAGGCCGGAGCUGUCCUCGGUGGUCGGCCUGAAAGGCUGCAUGAAAGGAUUCCAGUUCCAGAAAAAAGACUUCAACCUCCUGGAGGAGCCGGGCACCAUCGGCAUCAGCAGCGGCUGCCCUGAGGAGUCUUUUAUGUCUCGUAAAGCUUAUUUCAAUGGGGAGAGUUUCCUGGAAUCCACAGCAAAGAUUUCACCCUUCGACAAAUUUGAAGGAGGCCUCAACUUUAGAACGCUGCAGCCGAGCGGACUCCUGUUCUACCACAGUGACGGGCCUGAUGAGUUCAGCAUCUCUUUGGAGAACGGAGCAGUGGUGCUGAACACCAGAGGAACAAAAAUCAAAUCACACAGGAAGCAGUACAACGACGGAAGAACGCACUUCUUAGUGGCCUCCGUGAAUAAUCAGAAGUAUGAACUGGUGGUAGACGACAAAGACAAGCAGGAGAAGAAACGUCCAGCAUCAGCCACAAGAUCCUCAUCGGACUCCGAUGUAAAAAACGUCUACUUUGGAGGAUCUCCAAGCAGCAGCUUCAAGAACCUGACUGGCUGCAUCAGCAACGCCUACAUCAACAGACAAGACAGGGACAUCGAGCCAGAGGACUUUCAGCGCUACUCUGUGAAUGUUCAGACAUCCCUGCAGGACUGUCCACUACCCCAUCCUGCCCUGCUGUCAAACCACAGGGAGAACACUUCCAGAACCAAACAGAACCACUCACAAAGGGUACAAAGGGAAGUGUCAGUCCUCCCUCUCAAACUAAUGGAUCUGAAGAGUGACAACCGAGGGACAACAGAAGCCCCCGUACCCUGUUACCUCUCCUCAAGUCCCAAAGCCAUCCCCCAAGCCUUCCACUAUGGUGGCGUCACUCAGAGCAGGCACCAUUACACAGAUGUACCAGACUUCCUGUCUGAGAGGUUCAAUGUCUCCCUGUCCCUGAAGACCCAUUUGUCCUUUGGCCUCAUCUUUUAUGUAUGUGAUGUCCAAGAAGACAACUUCCUGGCCCUGUUCAUGUCUUACGGGAGGCUGGUGUACAUGUUCAAUGUAGGAGAUCAAAGAGUCAAGCUGGAGACUGAAGAGAAAUUAAAUGACAGGGGAUGGCAUGAUGUUAUUUUUAUCCGUGAUGGGAAUGCAGGACAGUUAAUAAUUGAUGGCGUUAUAGUGCUGAAAGACAAUGCUCUCGGAAACAGUGUCUCCUGGAACGUCAGUGGUACUAUCUACGUCGGCGGCAUUCCUCAUCGGAAAGGCCACAAGACCAUCCAGCCGCAAAGCUUGAGACACGGCUUCACCGGCUGUGUGAAGAACCUUCAGCUCGAUGGACAGCUGCUGCCGUCUCCGUCACAGACGUCCGGGGUCACGCCGUGUUUUGAAGGACAGUCUGAGACGGGGAUAUAUUUCUCACAGGAAGGAGGAUACGUGAUGCCAGAGGAAUCACUGAAGCUCGGGGUGAACUUUGAGCUGAUGAUGGAGUUGCGCCCCCGUGUGGCAUCUGCAGUGUUAGUGCACAUGCCUGCAUCAGUGGGUUUUUUCACACUGUACCUCCACCAAGCAUCAGUGGUGGCUGUCGUGAACGAUGGAGUGAAUGAAUUCUUUGCAAAGGUUUCUCCCACACGGGGCGUGUGUGCUGGCAACUGGUACCGGAUUAUUGUGCGCCGCAACGCCAACGUGGUGCAUUUGGAUGUGGAUUCACAGGUCAGUCACGUGGUCGGACCCGUGAACUCCAGCGUCACAAACAGCAGCCAACCAGCCAUCAUCAGCCGACCUCCAGGACUCCUCCCCCUGGCGUCCAGCCACACCACGGAGGCGUACGUGGGCUGCAUGAGGAACCUGAUCAUAAAUAACAGGAAAGUGAAUUUCCGCAGAGCCGCUGCGGUUGGCGGCGCAGUCAGCGUGGGAACCUGUCCUGCGGCGUAGCCCCGCCCCCAACAUGGCAGCGACCAAACAUUUAUCUUCUGAUAGACGUCAUUUUUCCCUUUUGACUUUUCUUUGACUGUAACUUUUCGGCUUUAAUUUCUUUCACACAAACCAUCUUGUGUCAGAAAUAAAUCAUUCAAAAAAAAUUUUUUUUCCUG